AUGAAAAUAUGUCGAAGAUGGGGCCGAAGACAGAUCCUUUCGCCGCCUCAACGGCACCAAGUUCCCUUCGACGCACUUUCUCUACCCCGAUCAGAUCGUGAUCGAUGUGAUCCACGUCACAUGGUCCACGUGAUUCACGUGAUCCGCACCGUGUUCCAGUCACCCCUGGCAGUGGAAACGCACAAGUUCAUGCAUCCAAAGCCAGACACACUUUGCAGUCAAUCAGCUCUCUUUCAAAUUUCGGUCAAAUCACACAGCCAAGAGUCGAGGAAGCCUAGGAAGUCGAGGAAGUCGAUGCAGAAAAGUUUCAGGGCCAAGGUGUCCAGAUUCCGGUUCUUUGCCAGGUGUCCUGUCUGUCCUGUUCUGUCUCGCGAAUAA